GCCGAUGCCUUGGUUCAGGAGCACUCGGCGGGCCUUCAGCUAGCCACGGAGAUCGCAGAGCACAUCUUUGUCGUGGUCUUCACGGUGGAGAUCGUCCUGCGAACCUACGUCUACAGCUGCAGGAUCUACAUCCCCAAUAGUGUGGAGCACCUCAUAAACCUCCUGGAUGCCGUGCUGGUGGUCAUCACGGGUAUCAUCCUGGCUUGGGUGAUACCGUUGAUUGCGCUCAUCCAGGGGCAGCCCUUUGGAUCUGGUUUUCUGCGGACUCUCUCCGUCUUCCGUGCAGUGCGACUCUUGCGUAUCGUGCGGGUCAUCAACCAGAUUGCCAUGUUCCGAGAGGUGUGGCUGCUCCUGCAGGGCCUCAGGGAUUCCUUGCGGACCCUGUUCUGGACCGUCCUGGUGAUCUUCAUCAUCACGUACAUCUUUAGCAUCUUCGGCUGUUGGAUGAUCGGCUCCGAGAUCAUUUACCUCUGGGAAACGACCGACGAUGAGUCGCGGCGUCAGCGCAUCGAUGCCGCUGUGGCCCGCUGCGAGGCGCCGAUUCACCCAGACUUCCUGGUGAAGAAGACCCACGAAGCACCGGCCACGGCCACUGCGGACGGCGUUUCAGAGCCUCCUGCAAAGAAGCAGAAGAAAGACCGCGGCAUGAACAAGAGCAAGGAGCGGCGGGAGAAUGUUGCGGCCAUGAAGAAGGCGGGCUGGAUGAAAGGCUUGAGGUUGCGGCGCAGCAGCUGUGUCCUCGUCGCGCGGCUGUGGAGAGUGGAAUCCGGGUAG